CCACUGCGCAUGCGUUCCACUGCACGCUGAUACACAAACAGGGGAGCUAUUGUUGCUCGAGGACUGAGCAACAGUGGCAGGUUGUGUCAGGUUUUUUUUAAUCACACUCAGCCUGUUGAAUAUUUUACUUUAGCUCGGGUCAUAGCGGGAAAAGUUAAAGUUCUGUUGAACGCAGGUGAAAAAAGCGUCGGGGGAAGAAGGGAAGACGCUGAAGGAAAAGGAGGAAGUAAGGACGAUUUGGAAUCCAACAGGUCAGCCGCUUCAAGUGCUCACCGCAGCGGCUCGGACUUUUAAGAUUUUAAAUCCUCACCGAACCGCCGUCAAGAAACAUGCCGUACGGACCGUGGAAAAAGAAAAACAAAUCCACGAAGGAACAUUUGGUCGAGAACGAGGAGGUGAGCGGCGGACACGCAGGUGCUGGGAGCUUGAGUAAAUCCGCCGUGAAUGGAGCGGGGCUCCCGCCUCCACCUGCCAACCUGCGGCCCAAGCUCGUCUUCCACACGCAGCUAGCGCAUGGGAGCCCCACCGGCAGGAUCGAGGGAUUUACCAACGUUAAAGAGCUGUACUCCAAGAUAGCAGAGGCGUUUAAUAUAAGCGCACCUGAGAUCUUGUUCUGCACUCUCAACACCCACAAGAUUGACAUGGAGAAGCUGCUGGGGGGUCAGAUCGGUCUGGAGGAUUUUAUUUUCGCCCACAUAAAAGGAAUCAAAAAGGAGGUGGAAGUGCAUAAAUCUGAAGAUGCUCUUGGUCUCACUAUCACCGACAACGGAGCAGGUUAUGCCUUUAUAAAGCGAAUCAGAGAGGGCAGUGUUGCAGACAAGGUGAAGGUGAUCUGCGUGGGCGACCAUGUGGAGUGCAUUAAUGGCCGUAAAAUCGUUGGGAUGAGGCAUUACGAAGUGGCUCGUAUGCUGAAAGACCUGCCCAGGGACAAAAUGUUCACUCUGAAGCUGGUGGAGCCGAUGAAGGCUUUCGAAAUGCUUGAGCCAAGAUCUAAAGGUGGAAAACCAAGCAGUGAAAACAAGAUUGGCACAGGGAAAAGCACUCUGAGGCUUCGGUCCAAAGGUCCGGCUACUGUGGAGGAAGAGCCGACAGAAUUCGAGGAGAAGGCCAUCAAGAAAGUGGAUGACCUCCUGGAGAACUACAUGGGCAUCCGAGACACUGAACUUGCUGCUACGAUGGUCGAAGUUGGCCGUGACAAAAAGAACCCAGAUGAAUUUGCCACGGCGCUCGACGAGACCCUCGGAGACUUUGCCUUUCCUGAUGAGUUUGUCUUUGACGUCUGGGGGGCCAUCGGUGAUGCCAAGCAGGGAAGAUUUUAAGUUUGCUGCUGCACACACACGCACACACACACACACGCACGCACGCACACACACACUCCUUCCUCAACUCAGAAAAGCCACUGGACAAACAUGGACAGAGUUCUGUCACUUUAUUCUUUACUGUAAUCUUCUAAAAGUUUUUGUGAUCUGCUUCCCGUGUGCUGGAGAGUUAAAGAGCAAGUCAACCCCUAUCAGAGUCCUACUGCACCCACACUUCCUGUUUGAAAAAUGCAUUGCUCAAGAGAUUUUCCGUUGGAGAGAUGCGAGUCACUAAAAACACACACUGCUCGGUCAGAGAAAUGGCAGCAAGUUUCCUAGUCUGGAGGAUUUCUCUCCUCCUCCUUCGCCAGAGGAAAGGGAGGGGAGAAUGGAUUUUUAUCGCUUUGUAUUGGCUCAUGAAUGGUCGAGGCAACCGCGGAGUGGUCAAGACUUGGCUGCAGAACAGCCACCUAAGAAAUACUGGCUAACGUCAGAAAUCACAGCUUAGCCAAAAGCAAUGGCUAAUUCAAAUUCAAGUGUAGUGUAUACUUUAGACCUGGAGAGGGCGCCACAAGGAUUGUUUUAGGGAUAUUUAUAUUUUAAUUAAGAUGCACUUAAAUGCCAAAAAUAAUGCCUACACAUGUUUACACCACUAUUAGAUACUCUUUUAUAUAGUUUCUCUGCCGAAAAAGUUGAUUUGGGGGUGACUUGCUCUUUAACUCAUUCACUGCCAGCCAUUUCCUGAUCACUAACGGCCUUCGCUGCCAGCGUUUCUCACCGGUUUUACUGUUUUUUAAGAGUCACAGAACGUUGCGCGCUAGCAUGAUGUUGAUGCCAAAACAACCAAAACAAAGAGGAGACUCACCUCUUACAUCAGGAAGAAGCCGCGUGUUUCGAGCGUUAUCCGUUCUUUCAUAAUCCGUUGUCGAAUUGUGAUCGGCAGACGCUUUUCUGGUUCGCGCCUCACUUUUUUUUACAGGAACGGCCCAAAACUAUCUCCAAACACAUGGAUGUGUUGCUUCCUGAUCAUGUGAUCUGUGAUGUAUGCGGAUGAAGAUUGGCUUCAGGGCUGAGAUGUUUGUUCUGUCAGCGCGGGGGCUCGUUCCGAUGCUCAAACAGUAAAAAAAUGCAAAUGACGACUUUAGUCGUCAUUGGCAGUGAAUGAGUUAAUGGUUUAUUCCAAAUCCUAAAAACUCACAGCAGUCAACAGGAGUUUAAAGUGGCCAUAAGUUGCACUCAAACCCAAAAUUUGACCACCUUCCUACUAUUUUCUAGUUGUCCAUGUAUAAAUAUACAGAUGUGGCACACAUCUUUUAUAGAUUUUUUUAUUCUUAUGUCAAAGAGCUGCUGAUUUUACAGCAGAAUUAUUUAAUUAGAAUAAUUAGUAGUGAUUAUAUUUCUGUCGUGACAACUAUUUCUCUUUAUAGAGCUUUCAUAUAAGUCAUAUUUGGCAGCCAUCAUGUUGCAUAAUGAUCUUCAAUUUUUCAGCAAGUUACCAUACAUUCCUUCUGUUUUUCUCACUGUUAAAUAGAUAUUUAGAUAUGUAUUCCACCAUUUUCCUGUAAUUUAUUUAAUCAUGUAAAAUAAUUAGCUGUAAGAUUUGUUAUUAAGACAUAUUUAGAGUUGUGUUUACGAUUGGAUCAAGUGUAUCAUCUCAAAUGCUGAAGCAUUAAUGUGAACCCACACGCUAAUCCACGGACGUGACCGGUUUGUAGCAGUUUAACGAACCAGGAGGGAUCGCUGCUGUUGCCGAAGACAAUAAAAUCUGAUCGAUUGUAA